CCCAAUGUCAUCUGUCACCGAUGUCAAUCACGAAAACGCACCAUUACAAAACACCGCGAGCGAAUCGAAAACAUUAGAGAGAGGGAGAGAGAGAGACGAGCCAAGACCUUUGCAUUUUGCAGAGCAUUACAAAACACCACGAAUUGAAUUCUAGAUUUCUGUAGAGAGGGAGACAGAGAUGUGGGAAUCGAUCUGCCUAACGUUAGCUGCUACCGCCGGUAACAAUAUCGGGAAAGUCCUACAGAAAAAGGGCACCGUCAUUCUUCCCCCACUAUCUCUCAAAUUCAAGAGAAAAAUGGAAGCUCCUAUUCUAAAUCCAAUUCUUGGGGUUUCUAUGAUCUGGAGACUAGGUAAGAAUGAUAUUAGAUGCAUUCAAGAAGAACAAGUUUUUGUAGUUUUGUUGUGGGUGGCCAUCACAAUAUCACAUGGCAAAUAUGGUGUGUCUCGGCACAUAUAG